AUGUCCGGUGUCUGUCCUCCAUACGCACCCUUCUUCGGCUUUGCCGGCGUCGCCUCGUCGAUGGUGCUAAGCACCGUCGGCGCCGCGUACGGGACUGCCAAAGCAGGCAUCGGAAUUGCCGGUCUCGGUACAUUCAGGCCAGACCUCAUCAUGAAGUCACUCAUCCCCGUCGUCAUGUCCGGUAUCAUCGCCGUGUACGGAUUGGUAGUGUCCGUUCUCAUUGCAGGAAACUUGGAUCCGGCAAACGACUAUACACUCUUCGCGGGCGCCAUGCAUCUCGGCGCCGGACUCGCAUGUGGUGUCACGGGUCUCGCAGCAGGCUACGCUAUCGGCAUCGUGGGCGACUCCUGCGUGCGUGCGUACGUGACGGAGAGCAAGGUGUUUGUGAGCAUGGUGCUCAUCCUCAUCUUUGCCGAGGUGCUGGGUCUUUACGGGCUCAUUGUCGCGCUCAUCAUGAACACGGCAGCAACAGGAUACAAGUGUCUAUAA